UAUUGAAGUUUAUAAGCACAUUUUCAAAUGCCGGUGGAUAUCGGUAAAUGUUUGGCGUUGUUCGACAUUAUUCGGCAUUAUCUAGUAUUAUCGAGUAUUAUUCAAAGGGCAUAGUUGGUCAAAGAGGCACAGAAUUACCGAAGAACUUGUGAGCCGCAGCCACUGAAAUACAUAACCUCUGAAAUACUUACCGGCUUGAGCUGUCCUUGAAAUCUUUGCUUGGAAUCAUCCCAACAUACAUAUUUUGGUGGUUGCAACUAGAAAAUUUGUGAAAGUUGAGCUCGUUGCGUAUUAUCGUUGAAACAUGACGAGCAGCUCUGUAACUACAAAUCCAUCGACGCUAUUGCCUCUGGAACUGGUGGAUAAAUGCAUAGGCUCUCGCAUACAUAUCAUCAUGAAGAACGAUAAGGAGAUUGUCGGUACACUGUUAGGAUUUGAUGACUUCGUUAAUAUGUUACUGGAGGAUGUGACAGAAAGCGAAGCAACACCCGAGGGGCGCAGGGUUACCAAACUGGAUCAGAUUCUGCUUAACGGAAAUAAUAUUACAAUGUUAGUACCUGGAGGGGAAAUGCCCGACACGUGACAGGGAGCUCUUCUUAUGGCACUUUCCAACAUGAUGUAUGAAUGUCUCAUUAAAUGCUGUCAAAAUAAAGAGUAACGGUAACUAUAA